AUGGAAAGAGGAAAUUACAGCCAAGUGACCGAAUUCAUUCUUCUCGGAUUUUCCACAGACCCCACUCUACAAGUUCUGCUCUUCCAGGUCUUCUUGAUCCUAUAUAUGAUCACCGUGGCUGGGAACCUUCUGCUCAUAGUGGUUGUAAGACAUGAUCAUCGUCUACACAAUUCUAUGUAUAUCUUUCUGGCUAAUCUAUCCUUUCUGGACAUCUGCCUCACUUCCAUUACCGUUCCCAACAUGCUCAGCAAUUUUUUGAGAGAGAAGAAGAGUAUUUCAUAUGCCGGUUGCUUGAUUCAGGUGCAUAGCUUCCUUUUCCUUGGUGAGACGGAGUGUGUUCUCCUGGCCUUCAUGGCUUAUGAUCGAUAUGUUGCCAUCAGCAAUCCAUUGCGUUACAGUGUGAUUAUGAAGACAGUGACUUGUGUUAGAAUGAUAGGGGCUUCAUGGUUGACCGGAGGCAUCAUAUCAUCUGUGGACAUAUACUUUCUGUUACAGCUAAGAUAUUGUGAAUUCACCACAAUUGACCACUUCUUCUGUGAAGCUCCAUUAUUGAUGAAGCUUUCCUGCAUUGACCUUUCCAUAUUCAAUGUGGUCAAGUUGGCAGGGAGUUCCAUAUUGCUCCUGAUUCCUCUUUCCUGCAUCCUUUACUCUUACAGUCACAUCAUCUUGGCCGUCCUGAAGAUCCGGUCUCGAAGAUACAAGGCUUUCUCCACGUGUAUGUCCCACCUUAUCAUAGUCAUUCUCUUCUAUGGCUCGGCGAUCAUCAUGUAUAUGAAGCCUGAACACUCAGGGCACUUAUCGGAUAAACUCUUGGCUGUGUUUUAUACAUUAGUCACCCCAAUGUUGAACCCCAUCAUUUAUAGCUUAAGAAAUAAAGAUGUUCAAGGUGCCAUACAAAAUUUAUGGAGAACUUCUGUUAUAUUGAAGCCCCAUGAUCUAUGCUCUUUAUAA